GGUGCUCCCCAGGUAGCCGCGUCUUCACUUUCCCACUGUUGGGUGGGUGGCCUCCCAGGACCUAGGCAGGAACUCGCGGCGCGCAAAUUUCCCACCCACAGCGUUCCUUCGAGCACCCUAGGCGCCUCCUCUGCGUACGCGCUGGGGCCACCCUGGCACUGCGGAGAGCGAGAAUCAGUGUCGCCAAGAUUUGAGAGGGCGCCAGAGACAGAAGGUCCGGAGGUCUCAGGGACCACCAAGCAACAGGGCUCCGGCCCCGGGACUGUUGGACCAUGUGCCCGGGGAUACAGUUUGUUUGACAGUUGCAAGACUAUGUUUACACUUCUGAUUCUACUCAGCCAACUGCCCUUAGUUAUCUUCGCAUUUCCUCAUUGCACAAGAAGUCUAAAGGAUACGAGGCAUGCGGGAGAAGUUUUUACAUCAAAAGAAGAAGCAAACUUUUUCAUACAUCGUCGCCUCCUAUAUAACAGAUUUGAUUUGGAGCUUUUCACUCCUGGUGACCUAGAAAGAGAAUGCUAUGAAGAGCUUUGUAAUUAUGAGGAAGCCAGAGAGAUUUUCGUGGAUGACGAUAAAACGGUAAUUUGAUGGACAUUUUGGCAGGAAUAUUCGAUUAAAGGACCAACCACAAAAUCAGAUGGUAACAGAGAGAAAAUCGAUGUUAGCCUUCUGACUGGAUUAAUUGCUGCUGGAGUAUUUUUGGUUAUUUUUGGAUUACUCGGUUACUAUCUUUGUAUUAAGUGUAACAGGCAGCCAUAUACAGGUUCUUCAGCCAUGUAUGCCAGAAGGGGCAGGCACACUUCCUCCAUCAUUUUCAGAAGACCUGAGGAGGCUGUCUUAUCACCAUCACCAACUUCUUUGGAGGACACAGGACUGCCUUCUUACGAACAGGCAAUGGCGCUGACCAGAAAACACAGUGUUUCACCACCACCACCAUAUCCUGGACCAGCCAAAGGAUUUAGAGUGUUUAAAAAGUCUAUGUCACUCCCAUCUCACUAAGAACACCUUGCACUUUGAAAUAAGAAAUUCAUGCCAUUUGAAUGGUUUGUUCUCCCUGAACCAAAAAGGAUGCAGCUCUUAAUGACAAACUGCAUGGAAUAAGGGAAGAAUAAGCAUCAUGCAUCUUGGACCUGAAUGUGAUCGUCAUCAGCAUGAUAAGAGAAUUUGGCUUCAAGUGCAGCAUGGUGUCACACACCUGUAAUCACGACUACAGAGGAGACGGAGGCAGGAGGAUCACAAGAUCAAGACCAGCCUGAGCAAGUUAGUGAGACCCUGUCUCAAAAACAAAAUUUUGGGGCUGGGGAG